UGUAUCAAGAAAGACGCAAAAACAUCACUCCCCUACAUUUACUAUAAAUACAUAUAAGAAUCAGCUUGCCAUAGUUGUGUAGCACAAAAAUCAUGGAUCCUCACUCCCAUUUACGCGAGCAGCACCUCACUACCAGCCAGGGAUAUGCGCUUUCUAGUAUUCUUAAUCACAGCAAUGAUCUUGUUGACAAGGUAGUUGAUAUGGGUGAUAGAGUGAAGGGCACGGAAAACGAGUCUGAAAAGACUUCAAAACUGUUUAGGGCGAUCAAUGAAGAAGUAGGCAAGAGGCGCCUCUUCGUUUGCUGCGACGGCACCUGGGUGAAUGCUUCGGGUACCACCGCACCGCUGACGAACGUAGCGAGAUUCGCGCGCGCGAUCGAUCGAUUUGGCCUCAAUCAAGAGCAUCCAUUAAGCCCCGUUACUCAGGUGAUAUACUAUUCAGCCGGAAUAGGCUCCGAACCGGUUCUGAAGACAAGAGUGGACAGUAUCUACUCCGGCAUUACAGGAGCAGGGCUGGAAGAGGACAUCCUUAACGCCUACUGUUUCCUUUGCAACAACUACAACUUCAGCGCCCGAAACGACGAGAUCAUCCUCAUCGGCUUUUCACGAGGGGCUUUUACCGUCCGCUGUCUUGCUGAUUUCAUCAGCCAGGUGGGUCUGCUUCAGCGCAAGUCGCUGCCUUUCCUAUCUGUCUUGUUCCAGAGAUGGAUGGAUGCCAAAGAAGAAGAAGAUAGAAAAAGGAUGAAGUUGGAGAUCCGAAAGAUGAGUCAGGAGUUUUCUCUGCCGGUAAAGAUCACGGUGCUGGCUGAAUGGGACACCGUCAGCGCCAUCGGUCACGUGGGCUGGAGGAACAAGUUUUCCUUCAUGAAAGGGACGGUACCGGAGAAUGUCCAGAAUGCGUUUCUAGCGAUAGCUCUCAAUGAAAGGAGGGGUAGCUUCAUGCCGAUGCUAUACAGCAAGGCUCACCGUGGGACUAGUGUCGCGCAGUGCGCGUUCUGCGGAUGUCAUGGGGACAUUGGGGGUGGUAAUCUGGAUGCUGGGCUCUCUACUGUAUCUCUGUUAUGGAUGGCGGCGAAGGUGCAAGGAGCUUGCCAGGUCUCGUUUGAUAGGACAGCUCUCCUUCAGAUGGUCCAACCACCACGGCCUAACGCGAAGUGGUGGUAUGGAAGAAAGGAUCACGAGACAGAAGCUAUGAACUUGCUAUGGUCUAAAGGUAUGUCGCGUUGGCAACGGCGUCUCAGCAUAAAUUAUCUGGGCUAAACUAGAGUAGGUGACAUCAAUGAAAGUCUCCAAGGGGUUUGGUUGUUGCCACAUCUUCUCACACUUGGAUGGUCUAGCGGGUCUCGUAGGAGGCACUUUCGAAAGACAU